GUUCGGUGCUGUGCAAGGUAGCGGUCACAAGCCUCGCCAUGCUGUCUGAGAAACCUGAGCAGGCAAAGGCUAUGUCUCUGGAAGGCCUGCUGCCAGCCGUUGUGCAGCAACUGCAAGAUGAUGACUGCGACAUCGUGAAGGCAGCCCUGACUGUCCUCAGCAACGUGCUCUGCGUGGCAGACAGGCAGACGGCUGGCCCCAUUGCUCUGCAGCUGCUCGAAAUGCUCCUGCCACUCUUUGAAAAUGCGAGCAGCUGCGUGCGAAAGCAGUCCAUCCUCCUCAGCAGAGAUGUGAUGAGGCUUCCGUUCAAGUCUCACAAAAAGCAGAUGAGGAAGGAUGUGCAGAGAAGCCUCCUGCCCUUUUUCUUCCACCUGCAUGACCGUGACUCAAGUGUGGCUCAGGCCUCCAAGGAAGCUGUCGUUCAAGCUGCCAAGUUCCUGAGGUGGCAGCAGCUCCAGCAGUUGCUGCAGACAGAGCAGAUAUGGAGGGCUGGCAAGUGCAUGCUGAAGAGAAGCAGAAGCAGAUUGGAGGAGUACCUGCACCAGAGCCUGCUGUACCUGCAGAGCCCACAGGAGCCCUUGCGUGAGGUGGCUGUCAGGUUCAUUGGGCUCGCUGGGCUGCAGCUGAAGGAUGGGUGCAAGGAGAAGAUCCUGGUCAUCAAUGAGGCCCUUCAAAACAUGGAGAGUGACAGCAGCCCCUUGGUCUCUUCCCUGGCGUUUGAAAUGAAGCAGAUGCUGUAUGAUGCCUGUGAAGAACCUUCUGCCAGUUCCUUCCUGCCGGCACUGUGGCGCUGCCUCCGGAGGGCAGGGAGGAGGAGGAGGAUCCCUAGCCAGCUGCUCUGAUCCAGGGCACUGAAGUGAAAGAGCUUCCUAGGAGAUUCUUCCUCCAAGUGCAAGGAAACAGCAACAGAUUGUUUUCCGUUGACACUUUUUAUUAUGUCAACAUAAUUUUUGAAAGAAAAUUUUUAUGAUAUUUUCUAUUGAAAUCUC